GGUGGGGGUGGGGGUGGGGGUGGGGGCGCAGGCCUGAGCCCUCCUCACUCCAGGCUCCUGCCGCCGGGCCGUGGGAGGUCGCGGACCCCACUGCCUCAACUCGCACCCCACGCCGAGCCGAGCCCCCUUUGCUACGCGCACACACGCUCCGGCGCGCGCGCACACACACACCUCGGACAUUCCCAUAGUGCCUCACGUGACACACGGCCCCGAACGUGCCCACCCUUCACACACGCUCACGCACGCGUGCACACACAAACACACACACGGCCUCCGGGCCACUUCCCAACUCCACUCCCGACCCCCAGCCGCAGCCCUGCGAAGGCACUCAUUGACUGUGACACACCUACACUCAUUCACAGACACACACACUCCCCCCCACACAUGCCAACCACAGACACACAUUCAUAAACAGGGCCGGGAGAAGUACACACGCACCCCCUCGCCUACUCUCUCCGAGCCCUGAGUCAUUCCUGCCCCCUCUCAGGGCUCCCCAUUCCCCUACGUUGGAACACAUUGGCGGGCUAGGGAAUUCUUGGGCAGCCCCUUCGCAGGGCUCCCCUCUCCUCCCCACGGUGUUGUUCCCUGGGAGGUUGCUCUGGGAGGUUCCCUGGGUGUUGCUCUGGGAGGACUUCCUGUGGGUCCCAGGUCAGAGGCGAGGAAGGCCUGGAGGGUUGCCACAGCUCUGCUGUGAGUGGGGGAGGCACUUCCUUUUCCUGAACUCUGGGAUCCUGCAGGAAGAAGCUGGGAAGUUGGGUGGGGUCCCCACAGAGGCCGGCCCUGGCUGUGGUGGGGUUGACUCUCCCAGAAGCACUGGGGCUUAGGGAGGAGGGGGGGGUGCGCCAGAGGCCGGGAAUGAACUUGGCCUGGAGGAGGCCCAGUGGGGGCCGAGGCACGGGCCCUUGCCAUGGAGUCCAUGUUUGAAGAUGACAUCAGCAUCCUGACCCAGGAGGCACUGGGGCCCAGUGAGGUGUGGCUGGAUGCCCCAGGAGACCCCUCGCUGGGGGGGGACAUGUGCUCCGCCUCCCACUUUGCCCUCAUCACAGCCUAUGGGGACAUCAAGGAGCGGCUGGGAGGCCUGGAAAGGGAGAAUGCCACCCUCCGACGCCGUCUCAAAGUCUACGAGAUCAAGUACCCACUGAUCAACGACUUUGGAGAGGAGCACGGCUUCUCCCUGUAUGAAAUCAAGGAUGGCUCCCUGCUGGAGAUGGAGAAGGUCAGCCUGCAGCAACGGCUCAACCAGUUCCAGCAUGAGUUGCAGAAGAAUAAGGAACAGGAGGAACAGCUUGGGGAGAUGAUCCAGGCUUAUGAAAAACUUUGCGUGGAGAAGAGCGACCUGGAGACCGAGCUGGGGGAGAUGCGGGCCCUGGUGGAGACCCACCUGCGGCAGAUCUGUGGCCUUGAACAGCAGCUACGACAGCAGCAAAGUCUCCGGGACGCCGCCUUCCCCAGCCCCAGCCCCCCGCCCACCCCUGGCCCACCAUGUGCUGAUCUGGACCUGCACUACUUGGCACUGAGAGGAGGAUCUGGCUUGAGUCACGCAGGCUGGCCAGGCCCCACAGCCAGUGUGAGUGAGCUGGAGCGACGGCGGCUGGAAGAGGCCCUGGAGGCUGCCCAGGGCGAGGCCCGGGGGGCUCAACUUCGGGAGGAACAGCUCCAGGCUGAGUGCGAGCGGCUGCAGGGGGAGCUGAAGCAGUUGCAAGAGAGCCGGGCCCAGGAUCUCGCCUCCAAUCAGUCAGAGCGGGACAUGGCAUGGGUGAAAAGAGUCGGGGAUGAUCAGGUGAAUUUGGCGCUGGCUUACACGGAGCUGACUGAGGAGCUGGGCCGGCUUCGGGAGCUGAGUUCCCUGCAGGGGAGGAUCUUGAGGACUCUGCUGCAGGAGCAGGCCCGGAGUGGCGGCCAGAGGCACUCGCCGCUGUCGCAGCGCCACUCCCCGGCCCCCCAGUGCCCCUCGCCCUCCCCGCCCGCGCGCGCCGCGCCCCCCUGCCCCCCGUGCCAGUCCCCCGCCCCCCAGCGCCGCUCCCCCGGGCCCCCGUGCCCCUCGCCCCAGCAGCGCCGCUCGCCCGCCUCGCCCUCCUGCCCGUCGCCCGUCCCGCAGCGCCGCUCGCCGGUGCCGCCGCCCUGCCAGCCCCCCAGCCCGCAGCGCCGCUCCCCGGGGCCCCCCGCCUGCCCGGCCCCGCAGCCGCGGCCCCCGCCGCCCCCGCCGCCGGGCGACCGGACGCCGGCCGAGCGCGCCUACGCCAAGCCGCCCAGCCACCACGUGAAGGCGGGCUUCCAGGGCCGGCGCAGCUACUCGGAGCUGGCGGAGGGCGCGGCCUACGCGGGCGCCCCCCCGCCCUGGCUGCAGGCCGAGGCCGCCACGCUGCCCAAGCCGCGGGCCUACGGCGAGCUCUACGGGCCCGGCCGGCCGCUCAGCCCGCGGCGCGCCUUCGAGGGCAUCCGGCUGCGCUUCGAGAAGCAGCCGUCGGAGGAGGAGGAGUGGGCCGUGCCCGCCAGCCCGCCCAGCCCCGAGGCGGGCACCAUCCGCUGCGCCUCCUUCUGCGCGGGCUUCCCCAUCCCCGAGGCGCCGGCCGCCGCCUACGCCCACGCCGAGCACGCGCAGUCCUGGCCGUCCAUCAACCUGCUGAUGGAGACAGUGGGCUCUGAUAUCCGCAGCUGCCCCCUCUGCCAGCUAGGUUUCCCCGUCGGGUACCCAGAUGAUGCCCUCAUCAAACACAUUGACUCCCACCUGGAGAACAGCAAGAUCUAGGGUGCCUCGCCCACCCACUGGCUGUUUCUCCAUCUUCUCUCAUCACCCCCAAACACUCACUUUGAAUGCUGCAUGAAUCUCGUGGGGGGCCCCUGCCCCUUGCGACCCCCAGAUACCUCCACUAGCUACUGAGUCCAUGUGUGUGCCGUCUUCCCUGGUCUAGGCACCACUCAGCCCUGGCUCUUCCUGGAAGGCCAGCCGAGGCUCUCCCCAGCUCCCUGGCUUCUGCUGGGGAGGUAGGGAUCUGGGCUGGGAUGGGGAGGGGCCUACCCCACCCAGCCUCUCCCUCUGCCUUUCCGUUCUCAAGACAGGGUUGGAUCCAAGAAGAUGUCUAGUGCUUGGGCCCAGGGGAGGGGGAGGGUGUCAGAGGACUCUGGGCGCUCCCCCAGCCUCUCCCCAGAUGUCCAUCUUCCUCAGGCUGUGCUCUGUCCAGGGAGUGCCUCCCUAUGGGGGCCCGGAGCCUGCCUUGUACACUGAUACCGGUUCCUCCAUCCUACGGCCAGCUUGGGGCUCUUGGCACAGGGCCCCCUUGGGGGAAGGAGGCAUCUUGUUUCUGGCCAUUGCCUGCAGGCUUGUCCUGUUCUCCUCAUGCUCUGCUCCUCUGGGGAAUAGGGAGGGUAGGAGUGGAGAGGGAGGACCCUGCAGGACUGGGAGGAUUCAGCCUGCAGAGGCUGCCCUGAGGGCAGGGGGCACGGGGGACACCCUGCACCGUGACCCCCAGGCCAGGGCAGUAUCUGUGCCAGCCUCCCAGGUCCCCACAUCCCACUAGCACCAGGACACAGAUUGUUAAGACAGAUGCCCCCCUUCACCCUUACCCUAGUCGGGUCCCUGAUAUCACAGGUGACACCACGGGUGCCCUGGAGCCCGUGUGUGACUCGGCCUCUGUUAUUUGGGUGGGUGUCAUCAGCCCUGCCUCCCAGGCCGGAACCUGCGGAUGGGCCCAGGGUGCUGUUGGAGAUCAACUUCAAAAGAGCUAACCCCUUUUCCAUCCCCCAGUGACCCACAUUCCCUCUGUGAAAUCUACCUCAGAGUUGUACCCUCAGAAGGAUGGGUAAGCAGGAGGCCAGGGGGUCCCCAGGGCUGAGGUGGGGAGCUUCCUGCGGCAAGAGCCUGCUGCCCCACGAUGAAUCCAACCUCCCCCCCACCACUACCACCACUGCGAGCGUCUUCCAGGUCUCAGCCCCGGGGCCGGUGGCAGUGGGCGCUACUGUCAGUGCAUGUCCCAUUCUGAUCCAACACUUCCAGGCCCCCCUCCCCCACCUCCUCACACCCCUCCCUUCCUCCUCAGCGCAGGGGAGUGAAGAGGUGUGUCAGGCAGGAAGGGGCCAAGGGACUCCAGAGACACAUGGCAUUGUACCUUGAGUGUCCCCCUAGGGUGGGGGAAGGGGAAGGGGCCUGGAGAGGGAGGUGGGGGCCCCUGAGCUCUCUGAACAAGUUGAAAUCCAAAUAAAACUUACCUGUUCCAUCUGC